AACGAUUGAUUGAAUGGAAAUGAAUAGCGAAUGCAUUGAAUGCGCGAACAGUCGGCCACUCAUUACAGCCACCAUUGGAUGAGUUGUGGGAUGUGUUGGAAGUGUUGACCAAUGAUGUCGACGAUCAGCAAAGAGCUGUUCUCAGAGCUCAAACAGCGGACCGUGAAUUGUGUGAACCAACCCAACGACGAGUCCAUCGCCGCCUUAAGACAAUUCGUGACCAAAUGUGACAAACACUUCAUCAACUCGUUAUACCAGUACUCGAUAUUCCCCUUAAGACUCAUUAUCUCGAAUCUGCCGAAGAAGCAAAACAAUUGCGAGAAAACCAUUGAAUCCAGUGUUGAAUGUCUUUCGCUGAUUCUUCAGAAAUCACAGAUCAAUCGCUUUGACAUCUUUGCCGACAUUUUGUCCAAUUUAUUGCAUUUAAUUGACGACAACUCAUACACUAUUGACACAGAGUUUACUUUCAAAGCGAGUGAAGACCUCAUAUUAAGUGUGAUUAAGUGCGCGAAGAUAUUGAUCCAAAACUGUGAUGACUGUAUAUUAGGACAAGUGGUUAGUCCCGCGUUUAGCCCUCAGUUCGGUCACGCGAUUCACAUUCUUCUUAGUUCCGCAAACAAACAAAAAUACCAUUUAAUUAAAUCGGAAGCCAUUGAGACCAUCGAUUGUCUAAUCAGUAAAUGCCAGUUAAGUCUAAAUCAGGACACACUGAAGACAUGUCCGCAGGACCUGAUCGCGUACUUCUUGCCGGGAAUUUCCAUUAAUAUUUCGCAAUUGAUAUCAAGUGAUGACAAACUGAACCGAAAAGUUAUAAACUCAUCGCUCACUCUAUUGUCUAAUACUGUGGUAUUUGUCUUCAAAUCUAUUUCAUGCGAUACUGAUAUAGAGUACAAGAAAAUAGAUGACAUGCAAGUGGCUAACGCUCCGGAGGAAUGCGAAAGGAAUGGAUUUCACGUGAUUCGAGAUAAGAAAUGGUUGGAAAACACUUGCGAUAAAUUGAAUAUUGUUUUCGAUAAAAUCAUUUCGAUCUUAAUAUCGCACCAGAACUGGAAUGUUAGACAAUCGUUGCAGACAUUUGUCACUCAUAUACUGACCAAUUGUUGUCCGCUAUUCAUAAACAGAUGUCUUUCAUCGCUAAUAAGGGUUUCGUUGACUUAUUUGAGCGACGAUUUCGAGCAAAUAAGUCAUGAAUCGGAUGUGUUUUUGACAAAACUGUCCAAAACCUCUGCGAGUAGUGAUUCCUCGAAGUCUUAUCUGGACUUAAUUGAAGAUCAGAUCUAUUCAUACAUAACUAGUUUACCGCGUAUUAUAAGGACAUGCAGUGAAAGGGAGAGAAUUACUGCAAUUUAUUUAUUAUACGGUUAUAUCAAGUGUUUGGACACAAAUGGCAUCAAUUAUAUGCUAUACUCUCCGCAACACAAACACAAACUCUUUGAGUGUUUUAUAGAUAUUUGUCAAUUCGAUUACAUUGGGAUCCGACUCCUGGAGCUCAUCACGUAUUCAGAUAAAGCCAUUCACUUAAGUGAUGAACAAUUGCCUCACAAAUGGAUCAGAAAAGACUUUACAUACCUUUGCGACGAGAAAUCGGUGAUCGCUUUAACCAAAUGCUGUCAAUUGAUUGGCCAAAGAGUCGAGUCUCAAGUGUUGACCGACUAUUUGGUGGAUGUGUUGAGACAAUCGAAUAUGAAUUCGAGCGUAAUAUUUGUCACAAAUCAGAUCCUCUCCAGCGUUAGCGCCAAUUAUGCAGAUAUUGAAGAGCUUUUGGAACAAUACGUGACAAACAUUACCACAACUCUCGAAGACAAGAGCGUCGAGAAUAUGAACAAAGAUAUUCUUCGACAGUGUCUUCUCAUUGAAGGUCUCACAUGUUUUCUCCAUUUAUACGAUUCGGAUUCGUCUCAUAAUUAUCUCUUGAAAUGUAUUUUCCCGCUCCUCGAGAGUGUCGGCGCAUCCAAUCUCUGUAUAUACCAGACAUCCCACAGAGCGCUGACAUUAGUCUCACAGCAUUUUGGCUACGAAUCUAUAUCGAGACUUGUGGUCAAAAACAUUGAUUAUUUGGUUAAUUGUAUUUGUAUUCAUUUGAAACACUUUGUCGACAACCAAAGGGUUCCGAUUGUAAUCAAAGUAAUGCUCAAAUUCUCCACUCAAGACACGCUUCAUCUGUUCACUGAUAUUAUCGAUGAGAUUAUCGUUGUUAUCGACUGUUACCACAGAAAAUUUGUCAGAAAUAAGAAUAUUUCGGAGAAUUUGGAGAAUGAAAACGAAGUGAUUAGUGAUAACGAAGAGGAAUGUGAUUAUAGAGAGGACGACACCAGCGCUGACGAGAAGACAAAAGUGCCAUUUUAUGUACCAUUAGUUGAAAAGAUAUGCGAACGUUGUGUACAUAUUAUCUCAAAUCCUGACCCAAAAGUCAGACUUAUUGUGUUAGACAUUAUUGUCGACUGUCUUAGGAUUUUAAAGCCAUUUGAAGACCAUUUGCUUCCGAUGGCCCACAAGUUGUGGUCACCACUUGUCGAGAGGUUCACCGAUAAGGACGUGAUUGUGACCAAACGAUCGUUUGCUUGUCUGCGAGUGAUGUCCGAAAUAUGCGGUGAUUUCAUACGCGCGCGAACUCUGAAGGAAGUGAUUCCAAGAAUUUUAUUGUUCUUGAGAUCGCAGUCACUCGUGAGCUCCGGGAAAGACAAGGGCUCUGCCUAUCGGUUUACAAUUGCCUAUCAGUUUCAGAACGAUAUUCUUUGCGGCAUUGGCUCUAUUGCCGUGAAUCUCGGCUUAAGUGACAAAGACUUGUGGCCAUUGAUUGUGGACACAAUGCCAUACCUUCACUCACACCAACCCUUACCAUUGCAAGAGUCAGCGAUCGCUGCGUUGACACAAAUGUCUAAAUUAGAUCCCAAUUCAGUCUAUUAUUAUCUUAAAAUGACGUUCAGUACAGACAGUGUUAUAUCACACGAAAACAAAUCGUUUCCCGACCUUAGGUUUGAGGGAAAUAAACAAGAAUUUUCAGCAAAUGUUAUUAAACUGUUAGAGUAUUUAUCCAUUAAUUCCUCAUAA